CCCAGACCCAAAACCCCGUGCUUUUUUUGCCCUGAAUCGGGGCAAUGCAUCACCACCUGUCGCCGGUGGGGUCACCGUCCCCACGCUCCUCCUGGAGAAAACAGACGUCCAGGUAUGCGCAGCUGUUCCAGGAUGAGGUGUGCAGAGGCUUGCGGUCACUGCCCAGAUUCGUUCGAGGGGACUUUCACUCUGCCACUGAGUUCCUGCAAGAGCGAGGCGCAAGUGCUAUGGAGGGCGACUUGACUAAGCCCUUGCACGAGCUCGAUGCGUACAGGAAAGCUGCGAUGGUCCUGCACGAGGCGAUGCAGCUCCAAGGCUUCCACAAGCCGCCGGAGAACCCCAACGCCUGGUUCGCCUACAAGACGAAAACCAGGAUGGAGAAGUGGGCGGUGCCUGCGCUUUGGACGCUGCUGCUGUUGGACAUUUUUGAGACGCCACUCUGGUGUGGGAACCGUCCCUUUCAUGGCCAGCGAGGUUGCGCCGCUGCUACUAGCAGCGAGUACAUCCUGAGCAACGUCCCCGUAGUGCCCAUCAGCGCUGCGGUGGCGUUGGAGCUGUUCAUCUUCUUGAUCCUGAUCAUCCACUUCGCGUCGCAUGUGCGAUUGUACUAUGCGAUGAAGGGUCAUGGUCACGCAACCACCGGAGGAGCCUUGGUCCUGGAGGGCUGCUUGCUGAUGCUGAGCGUGACGGACUUGCUCGUUUACCUGGCUGGCUCUGCGUACCGCAUAGCGCCGUUCCUCAGGUUCGGCCUGGCGGCCUGCUCCGUUCAGCGCCUGCAGGUGCUGGUGCUGUCCUUUUGCCGCACCACUGUGGCAGUCAGCAAGGUGGGCCUCUUCUUCCUCUACACCGUGGUUCUAUUCGCCUGGGUCUCAGCGACCGUCCUCGACGAUGAGGAGGGCAAAGACCAGUUCGGCACGCCUGUCAGACAGGGUUUCGAGACGUUCGGGAACGCGCUUUACACGUGCUUCACAACGCUGAACACUGCAACGCUGCCGGACUCCAUGGUGCCGAGCUAUGACGCGAGCCGCAGCUACUUGCUGCUUUGGAUCCCCUUUAUCUUCAUCGGGGCGGUGCUGCUGAAGCAGGUCAUCUUGGCCGGAGUGUACAACGACUACACCGCGCACGCCAAGAACUUUCUGGUGGAAGGCAGGCGCCUGAGAAUCUCGGGGGUGAACUGCGCCUUCGAGCUGCUGAAGAGUGGGUCGCCCUCGCCCAAGCAUGGGUCUGAGACCGUGGUGAGGUUCCAGGAUUUUGAGAGCCUCGUGGAUUGCCUGAAGCAGCUGCUGGAGAUCACUGUCAGCAAGGAGUUCUUGCGUGUCUUGUUCCGGGCGUUGGACGACGAUGCCAACGGGGUGCUGGACAAGGCCGAGUUCCAGGACAUGUGCGACGUGCUGCAGUUCGAGUUUCGGAUCACCGAGAGGGACUCCACGCUGCGACACCUGGCAGGCCCCACCUUCGACCAGUUCAUGGUGUCGAUCAUGGAGAACGGCCGCACCGGAGCAAACCUAGGCUAUGCUGACAGAUACCCUGGCUCAGCGGUGGACGUUGCCAUGAACUGCGUCCUUGCUGCCAAUGUGCUGUGGGUCCUGGCGGAAUCUUUCAUUGACUUGAACGACUUGGAGGAGCCUCCCUUCCUGAAACAAGUGGACCUGUUCUUCUCCUUCGUUUACGUUCUCGAGGCGCUUCUGAAGCUCAGUCACUGGUCUGUGGCGGAGUAUUGGCACGAGGUGGACAACAGGUUCGACUUCAUCACGAGCAUGGUCCUUGCCAGCGUGGGACUUUGCUUUUUGGCGCUCCAAAACCUCUCGGUGCAGAUCGUGCGCAAUGCCAAUUUGCUGCGGUUGCUGCGGGUGGUGAAAGCCAUGAAGCACCUCCGCUUCUACCAGCGGACCUGCCUCGUGGUGACGCGGCUGCUUGCGACCUGCCGAGAGGUGCUGAUGCUGAAUCUCUUGGUGGUCCUGCUUUGGGCCUCAGCUGGCGUGCAGCUCUUCGGGGGGCAGCUGGUGGAGUCCAACCCGAGGUUGGCGGGCAAAGAUUUGGGCUACUUCAGCAGCAAUUACCAGGUCUUCAACUUCAACGACGUGCCCAUGGGCAUGGUGACCUUGUUUGUUUGGACGUUGGGAGACUGGAAUGACGACAUCGCAGUGGCGUGCGUGGAGCUGGCGGAGCCCUGGAGCGCCAAGAAGGUGCUGAUUUGGGCCUUUCUCUUGAGCUACUACGUCGCCUCGCCGUUGCUGGCCUACAACGUGCUCUCCGCCUUCUCCAUCGACGUUUAUCAGAAGAUCGACGAGGAGGUUCAGAGCCAGGAGGAGAACGGCUACGAGCUUUGCGAGGUGGAGCGAAACCUGCUGAUGAUUCAGGAAGAAAUGGCAGACAACGGCUGGGUGUUGCACAUGAAGGAGUCUGCAGACUUGGCCAAGCUGCGGAUCCACACCGCGCUCUUCACCAACUGAUCCCAAUCGGGGGUCCGACGUGGGCUCCAAAAGGGCGUGUCUUGCUAGGCUGGUACCC